UAGACACAGUUAUCCUGUAGUCUGACUUGUUCAUUCUUGUUGUAAUUGUACCAGUGGCAAUGAGGCUCAUUGUAACUGUUUUGUUGUUGGUGUUUGUGCACCACAGCAGAGGUGAUGAUGAUAAGAUCAUCGGGGGUUAUGAAUGUACACCUCACUCUCAGCCCUGGCAGAUUUAUCUAACCCAUGAUGACGGAGAGCGUUGGUGUGGCGCUUCCUUAAUUAACAGCUUAUGGGCCGUGUCUGCUGCUCACUGCUACGUUCCGGCUCAUCGUCUUGCGCUUCACCUGGGAGAACACCACGUGUUCAUUGACGAAGGCACCGAGCAGAGAAUUUGGGCCGAGAAGGUCAUACCACAUCCCAACUAUAAUGACAUCACAUAUGACAAUGACUUCAUGCUGAUCAAACUGAGCCAGCCUGCAGUUUUUAACCAGUAUGUUCAGCCUAUACCCCUGGCAUCCUCUUGUGUAACGGCAGGUGAGGAGUGCCUGGUGUCUGGAUGGGGAAAUCAGAUCAACACUGGAGUGAUCUUUGCAUCCGUAUUACAGUGCCUGAAUGUGCCUGUACUCUCAAAGGCAAUAUGCACUGCGUCCUAUGGUUCCAAAGUCACUGAUAACAUGUUCUGUGCCGGAUACUUGGAGGGAGGCAAAGAUUCAUGCCAGGCUGACUCUGGUGGUCCUGUUGUGUGCAAUGGGCAGCUGAAGGGUGUUGUGUCCUGGGGUGAUGGAUGUGCGCUCCCUGGUUUACCUGGAGUUUAUGCUGAAGUCUGCCGCUACACUGACUGGGUCAAAAACAUUAUGGCUACCAACUAAGAGACAACAUUAUACUUUAAAAUAUGAAACUUUGUUAUUUUUGAUAAAUCUCAAUAAAUUGGAGUUUCUAUUCA